UCCAGCUCGGUUGACGUCAUUAAUGGCUCUUUUGAAAGAAGGAAAAAAAAGUUUGCCUUCUGCCUUUGUUUCAAAAUCAUUAAUACAAAGCGCAGACUGUUUGUAACCAUUGCUGGCAGACGUAUUUAAUCUUCUGUAGGCGACUGCCAAGAUGCCAGUGCUAACAGAACAUGUGUCCAGUUUACCGCCACAAUCAGCAUACAUGACUGCAACCAAUUUCGAGCACCAUGUCAUAAACCUUCCACGACAGGAACCGCAGAAGCUGGUGUCGACUCUCACCUCAGACUGGAAGAGGCUGUUUAAGGGGCCCACAUGGCAAAGAGCUCAUCUCCCAGGGAAAGAACCCUGCAGAAAACUCCAAUCCCUGCCCUGGGAUGGACUGAAGACCUCACUUAGCCAGGACGAGACUCGCAGGUUGUCAAGACAGGAAGCAAAAAGAGUGGAAGUUCCUCCAAAUCGCACCACGCUAUUGAGGCAGAAACUGGCACACGCUGCAAAAGAAGAGGGAAGAGAAAAACAGGCACAGGAAAGAUAUCUGCAGGGAAUUGCACCACCCUCAAUGUACAUGUCAGCCUCCAGUUAUGCCCUACCCACCAGACACCCGGCACCUCUGUACCCUCCAGCUUCUGCCCGACACACGGAAUCUGGCGCACGUGAGAUGCAGCCCAUCCCCCAGACUCUAACCUCAGAAUUGAGGAAGAAAGUGGUAUUGACAUCAAUUGAACAAGGAAAGAAAAAUGACUGUUGGCAGAAAAUAGAAGAGAUGCGCCAGAAAAUGAGGACCUCGGCUGUGCGUGACAGAUACCAUUUCGGGCAGAGCCACGAGAAGAAAGAAUCCCAACCCAGAGACCGCGAGUCGCCCGACAUAUAUUCCGACUCACCCGGCAAGUACGAGAAACUCAUCAAGUACAGGCCACCCGUGAGAUCCAGAUCAGCUGACACAUUCGGAUCACGGCCCGCAUAUUUAUCUCAGGAUAUGUCGAUCUGUGAGACUCGCACUUCAAGAUUGAGGAAACAAAGAAUACUGUUGGACAAAGAGAAAGAUGAACAGACGCGGUGUGGAUCACCUGACAGGCCAGGAUCCCCGCGUCCACUAAGACGAAGACACGACGUGCAAGUGAAUCAAACGCUCACAUCAGAAAUGAGAAGGAGGCUAGCAGACGAAAUCGAUCAUAAACAUGUGUGUCUAUGGCGACAAGUGCACAGCGAGGCAGUGAUUGAGGAACCAAAAUCUGAGGAAAAAAAGUUGGAUUUUGGAUGUCAAAGUGCAUCAAGAUACGUCCACUUUAUAUAUGAUGGAAUUCACAACCAGUAUCGCCCUUACCCAAUUUCUAACAAAGCAAUUUAUCAAGGAGGGAAGUACAAAAAGGUAGACAAAUACAGAAGUCUUCGAUCAAGGUUUGCUUUGGACGACUAUUAUAAUUUUGAUUCUCGACAGAAGAGGGGAAUUCAGAAAAAUGGUUCAUUGACUCUAAACGGCAACUACAGGUCUAAGAAUGCAUGGAUCAGGUCUGAGCCAUAUGAGAAAUAUUACAAGAAGCCGGCUUAUCUAAUGAGACUGAUGUAUGCAUAUGAGGAAGAGAAUCGCCGUCGGUUACGGGACGAAGAAGCCGAAAUAGAAAGAUUAAGGAAUGCACAGGAAAGUGUUUGUAGUGCAAAACGAAAAUUGUCCGUGAAAAAAGUGGUUUCCUCCAAAGUGUCGUCAACUGGCAAAUCUAAAAAGACUAAACAAAAGGGACGGGGCAAGAAGUCGCGCAUGUGGAAAUUCACACCAGAUGAACCGAACUACAAACCUUUAUCACUUUGCGCAUCUGCAUUUGCACCCUUCCAGAUUGAUAAUUAUUCCUACAACAACAUGUACUACUACAUACCUCCAAGUAAGCCAGAUGGGGAAAAGGAAAAUAAAAAAGUGCUUUGUGACGACAUUAAAAAACAGUCUCACACUCAAAAGCCAAUUAAGGUUGUGGCAAAGAAAUGUAAUCUGAAUUCCCACAUGAAACUUCCCAGUAUACAUCACAAGGCAGGACGGAUGUGAAUAUAUACAUUCAUUUAAAAUAAUAAAUAAUAAUAGUUCAUAUAUUAUGAUAUAUUUAUACACUACCAUCAUCACUAUCGUCAUCACUAUCGAUAUCAUUACUUUCAUGUGCAUGUACUGUUGUUUUGCACGUCCCGUUAUACAAUGAUUUUCCUAUUUAAAGAUUGGGGAUACACACCACUCAGAAAUUAGUACCAGCAUGGCACUCGAGCGGUGAACCAAUUUUGGUAAAUUAGCAUUUUUCUUCAAUAUGUUUAAAAAAUGUUUUACUUCAAAUUAUAUAUUUUGAUAAAUAAUUUUACUGCCACCAUUACACAUUCUUAUGCAACUUGCAAUAUUAUAUUAUAUAUCAAUAUAUUUGUAUUGAUUUAUUUUGCAUAUUCAAAAACACUGUAUAAUAGUUUAUGUAUAUAAUAAAAUUUGCAUACUUUU